UUGAAAUUCACAGAUGUGAAAUGUUUAUUUACAAAAUUAGUUGAAAUCUCCUGCAAAAUGAAUUCCUCUGGGGAAUUGCAUCCAAACUGGUUGGCUCUAACCACGCUACCGUUGCAACUCAAGAGGUUUGUCCGUGCCGGAGAUCCUGAAACUCCUGCGCCACCCAAGGCUAGCAAACACCAAAUUGACGGGUUGAAUGGCGAGGAGGCCCAGGAGUUCUACAAGGAGGUGCUGGAAACGCCGGUAACUUGCACUCAGAAACCUUCAUCUAGCAAAGGAAAGGAACCCAGCAGAGUACAGAAAAAGCCCCAGUCGCCGUUUGAUAAGGGGAAGUUCUUCCGCUUGGCGACUAGCAACAAUGUGGAGGAGUUGUGCCACAUGGAUAUCUCCGACGAGGAGAUAAACUCUUGCGACUGCUUUGGUUGGACUGCCCUGAUGAUGGCUGCUUGUGAAGGAGCCACCGAAACUGUGGCUUGGCUCCUGCGGCGACAAGCCAAGGUAGAUGUCCAAGACAAGUCCGGAAACACGGCCAUGAAACUGGCUCAGCGAAAGGGCCACUCCGAAAUAGUGCUACUAUUGGAAGCAGUUUCUAUACCCUCAGAGGCCAGCGACGAGGAGGAAACAGCCGAUGAGAGCAGCCCAUUCUACUGCGAAAUCUGCAAAAGGGACUACAAGGAGACUCCCUGGCCCAUUCAUCAAACCUCCACGGUGCAUCAGUUCAAUAUCAAGGCCCUGCCAGCCCACAAACUGCACAAGUUCAAUAUAUCCGCCAAGAACCGUGGUCUCCAGCUGAUGGUGAAGCAGGGCUGGGACCAAGAGCACGGCUUGGGACCCAGCCAAAGUGGACGUUUGUAUCCGGUGAAGACUGUGCUCCGCAAGCAACGCACUGGCCUGGGCAUUGAGCAGCAGCCGGCGCGGGUCACACAUUUUGGAGCCUUCGAUUUGAAUGCCGUGAGGAGGAGAGAUCCUUUCCAUCAGCCGAGACGCAACCGGAGUGAUAUGCAGCGGGAAAAGGUGCGGGAAUGGAAGAGGGAACGCCACCUACGCAGGGAAUUAAGUUAACUAAUAUUAAAGAAGAAGUUUUAGAGGAUUUAAU